AUGGAAGUCGCCGCGGGAAUCGUAGCGUUUGUCACAAUCGCCGCCCAAAGCGCGAAACUCAUCCACGAAGCAGCAGCAGCCUACGGUGGAGGACCUCAAGAUGUCAAGCAAUUACUCCAAGGCAUUGCAAGUCUCUGUCAUGUUCUGCAGCAGCUUUCUGCGCACCUUCUCGCAGCUCCAGAAUUGACAUUACCGGCAGAUCUCGCCAGGAAUCUCAAGGUAUCGCUCAAGGACGCUCGGCGGCAGAUGGAUGCGUACAGGAUGAUUCUGAACCGAUGUUUGCCUGCACCGGAUGAUACUAUCUUACGGAGGAUGAUGAUGAGGUUUCGGCCGUUACUGUAUCAGCAGGACUUUGAGAAGAUGCGGCAGAGCGUGUUGCUGCACUUGUCCGUCAUCACGUUUCACACAGAGAUCGUCAACGGUAUACGUGUUGCUGGUAUCAGCCAACAGAUGACAGUUCUGGACCGGAACGGCCAGCAGGCACUUGCGUUGCAGCUUCAGCAGGAACACUGUGCUGCUGCGUUCCACUCAAACACCGAGACUAUCCUUAACGCUAGCCAUCUCUCUUUACAGGCAAUCGACAAAGGUCUUCAUGAGGUACCUGGACUCCUGAAUUAUCACUUUGAAAAUUUGAGACGGCAGACAACUUCACCUAGAUUUCGCGGUCUCGAGGAAAGCCUGCUUCACUUACACCACAAGCUGGACCAGCUACCACGACCAUAUAUUGGAACUCGUCCACCUAGCGUCGUCGAGGCUGUCCAGGUCACGUCUCUGUCUCUCCCGACGAAACUUUCGUCUACUGUCGAGAUAUCAGUAGCCUCGUUACACACCCUCGUCGAGCAACUUUAUGCGUUGCAGCUUCAAGGGUCCGUAUUUCUGCCGACGAAACAGAGCGAGAAGCUCCUCCAGGCACUCAGGAUCCUCCUAGGUUCCAUCAAAGAUACUGCAUCGACCGGCAUGGAUGUGAAGACAAUGCUCUCCAUCCUUGACAUUGCAAAUCGCAUCAAGCUGCAAAGAGAGGGCAAGUKGCGUGUUACUACGCAAUCCAAACGUUACUCAUGUUGUCUAGACGGUGGCAUCUCGCUUGUUGAUUCCCCCGGCAUAAUAAGCUCAAUGAUUACCGGCCAAGUCGAAAGCCCGCUUGGACGGUUGGUUUUCUGGUCCAGGACGUCCCAUAGCCUUUUGAAUGCCGUGUAUCGUGAUGAGCCCACCCCAAUGGAUAACAGCCACUUUGAUGGUGCAAUCUGGAUGAAUGUUGGAAAGCAGCCGAACGCCUACAGAGUCUGUAUCUCACUUGCCAGACAUUCCUCCGACGAAGGUGUUAUAUUGCCGCAUCCUUUCAUUCGAGUGUCAAAGGUACUUGCCGAUGACUCCGUGGCUCUCAAAGCGAUACGCCAGGGUGACCUUCAUUCUCUGCGCGAAGCCAUCUUCCGCGACGAGGUCAGGCCCGUCGAUUGCGACGAAGCUGGCCGCGGUCUAAUCAAUAUUGCCUGCUWCCAUGGUCAUGCCAGCAUAGCAAGAUAUCUCAUCAGCCUCGGUGCAGAUAUCCACGUUCUUGAGCGCCGAGUCGACGAGCUAUGGGAUUGUGAGGCGUGCCAUCUGAUCGACUCGUCCCUUUGGGAUCACCAAGGCUUUCUUUGUAUUCCGGCACGAUCUAAAAUGAGGCACGAGAAUGCUGGCGGCUUGCUCCAUCUUGCGCAUAUCCUCUUUGGCAAGUGGACCAUAGCUCCGCAUCCGAGUCAAAAACAGGAUGAUCAUCGUGGAGCACUGCAAAGACACCUGAAAGGGGAUCGUACGACUCGUAUUCCACCCAUCCGAGAAUGGUAUCAUGCAACGAUCUCAGGGGACAAACGAGAAGAUUCGUGA